AUGAUUCCUAAUGAAAAUAAUUUUGAAAACCCCGAGGAUACCAUUCCCAAUUUGACGCAAAAUGAAGAUUCAUAUGAAAAGAAUCAAGGGUUUAAACCAGAAAUGCCACAAAAUACAACCUUGUUGAAUCGUACAGAUAGUUCUGAUCAGUUUGGAAAUUUAAUUCAAAACCUUGAAGUAAACAAAAAGACGUUAAUACAAUUUUUUUGA